CAGCAACGCGCGACGAUCAACGCAAACAAAUCAGAGAUCGGUAUAUCCAAGACAUUCCAAAUGGGAACUAGAAGAGUUUACUUUCUUGCCCAUGGCAGGGUUCAAGGUGUUUUCUACCGAAAGUUCACAGCCAACCGAGCCCAAGAGCUCAACCUAACAGGCUGGGUUCGUAACCGAUCCGACGAAAAGGUCGAAGGAGAAGCCCAAGGAGACGAAACCUCUGUUGUCCAGCUCAUAAAGGACUUGAAGAAGGGACCGACACACGCGCUUGUUUCCAAGCUCGAUGUGGAGGAUAGAGAGUUGGUGGAUGGGGAGUCGGGGUUUCAGGUUAGAAGGGGCUGAUCUGAUGUUUUGAUGAGGAGGAGGAGGGGUGAUGGCAGUGUCGGAUGUUGGGGAGGUGGUGGCCUGGAAGCUGUCUUGGAGUUAAACUCUGUGAUAAAUUGAAAGGUAUAACAGCA